AUGCAGUCUCGUCUGCUGGCCCGCGAAGUGGGUGAUCUGCCUUGUCGCGACUUCACCCGGAUCGUUGCAUCUCAGCUUCUGCGUUCCUUUGAACCAGCACCUCAACACCGCUUCAACGGCGAGGCUACCCUGUCCAACAAUGAUCAGCAGACCGAAUUGGAGGACCGGCCGCACAGGCUUCGCGCUCACGGCGUAGGGGUGAGCGGUCUUGCCCUGGAGAAGUUUGACGGCCGCAUCCUGCUGUCUGGUGGUGCAGACGGGUCUAUCAAGCUCUGGGACCUGGAGAGCUGCCCCAGCCCGUACGAAACUCGCACCUUUCGCCCCGUAGGAUCCAUCACUCGGUCUACGGGAGGUCCCAGAAGUGGAGGCCAUAGCCACGGCAUCACGCAUCUGGCCUUCUACCCUUUCGACCCCGAUGCCUUCCUCUCUAGCUCCUACGACAAGACACUGAAGCUGUGGGCCACUUCACGAGCAGCCUUGUCUGCCGAGUUCGACCUCAACGCCACCGUAUAUUCCCACGCCUCCAGCCCAAUAGCAGGUCACCUGCUUAUCUCGUGCGCCACCCAGCACUCCAAUGUCCGGCUCGUAGACCUCAAGUCGGGAUCCGCUGUCCAGGCCCUCGUUGCCCACGGUGGUCCAGUUCUCAGCACGGCGUGGAGUCCUCGCCAUGAACACAUCCUCGUCAGUGGCCACGCAGACGGCAAGGCCCGCAUAUGGGAUAUCCGGCGGGCUGGUGGCGUUAUAGCACAGCUCGAUCAGGAAGAUUCUCUGGGCAUCGUGCAUCGUUUCCGGCACGCCACGGCGUCUGGGUCCGACUGGGGUGGCAUGCCGCAUUUUCGUGUCUCAGCCCAGGCCCACGACGACGCUGUCAACGGGCUGCAAUGGACCGACGAUGGGAGGUACAUUGUGUCGGCUGGGCUUGACCGCCGCAUCAGAGUUUGGGAUACCGAUACAGGAGCCAACACGCUUGCCAGCUUUGGGUCUAUCGUGCAGAACCAGCACGCUAAAACUGCAAGUUUCCUGGUCACUCCGUCAGGUCUCUCCACGGGUCACCAGCUUCUGGUCUGGCCGAACGAACAAGAAAUCCUCCUACUGGACCUCCACGACGGAACCGUGGUCAGUCGCCUUCGAAACCCCGGCUCAACGCUCUCUACGGGUCCUCGAGGCAGUGAAACGGGGCGGAACCGCAUUACAAACAUUGCAUGGCGUAGUACAGGGGGUGGCAAUGGACAAAUUGGACCGGCCAUGGGAGGUGGCAACUCGAUCGGAGCUAUUUACAGUGCCCAUUUGGAUGGACAGAUACGAGCAUGGAUGCCGCAACUCCCCGGUCCAGAAGAUGCAGACGAAGAUGAAGAGGCUGGCGUGGAUGAGCAAGUAAAGCAAAGAAAGAGGAAGGCUAUUGAGAACGCAUAUAGAAGCCUCAUGGGUAAAGAGAUUACGUUUACCUAG